AUGGCAGAUCACCACCAUGCGCACUGUUCCAAAAAUUGUAGUAAUAGACACUGUGAUUCUUCCAGCGAGCAUGAUAUACGACCACAAGAUUCAGGGCGAAAUAUUGAAGAAAUAUCAGAUGGUGUGUUACAAAAUUUCGGCGAUCUUAGAGAGUUUUAUAAACAACUACAGCAUUUUGUAGACCUAACUCAGGAAUUAUUCAGAAAUUGUUCGGAUAACAGCCAGAGUGAUUCACCAUCAAUAGACAGUAUCCCACAAGGAAAUGGCAACAUAUCUCCCUCUUACCAUCACAAUUGUCCGCAUAGGAGACUAAAUUCAACAGAACGAGGACAGGCACCGCAAAAAUAUUACGACACAGAGAAAAGCCACCGGAGACCUUGUUCAGAACAAUAUGACAGCAGAUCAAUUACUAGUGGCAUGUCUAAUUCGAUACAAUUGCCAAAACAGCAAAAAGAUUCUUCACAGAAAUUUGUAAGUGCGGAUUGUACAAGAUAUAAAAACAAAUCAGCAACAUGUGAAUUGAGCCAAAAUACAGAAAACCAAAUAACCCGCAGAGAUAAUUGUUCAAUAAAAGGUAAUCGUGAUAAGAGCUCAAAAUAUCCAGAAAAAAGCGACGAUUGUGAAAGGCCUUAUGAGAGUAAUAAUAUCCAGCGUAAAACACAAUACCAUAAUGGUAAAAAUCAGAAAGAAAAUAAUUCCAAUAAAUCUUGUACUUGCUCACAGUGUCAAGACUCAAAAAAUAUGAGUAAUAAGAUUAAUAUUUUUAUGGAGUUUAGUUCUGAUGACGAAUGUAAUGAUGACGAUUCCUCAUCAACUAAUCAAUUUCAAAAUAGUUGUCCAAUGCAAAACAAAACUAAACAAAUGUUCGCCCAAGACACAAAUAUGAGUACAGAACGUAAUUGCAUACAUAACAAAAUAUUUAAUAAUGAAAAUUAUCCAUUAGAAACUCUCCAUAAACUUCGUUCAGAACGAUAUAACAAUUCAGCUAAUAAUUGCAUGUCUAAUACGCAACAAUUUCCAAAGUCAUCGAAACUUUCUGCACAGGACAUGAAUUUAAAACAGACCAACUAUACAAAAUGUACACACAAGUCAUCAACAGAUAAGUCAAAUGGUUUUACCAGAUCUGUAGAAAAUCGAGAACAAGUUCAUAAUUCAAUGAGAGAAUUUCAAGGCAAGUGCUCGCAAUAUCCGGAAGAAAAUGAAGAUUCCGAAAGUCUAGAUCAAGAUAAUAGUAAUCGCAGUAAUGCACAAGACGACGAUGCUCUUAAUCAGGGAGAAAAUAAUAGGUAUAAAUCAUGUUCUUGCGCACGUUGUCAAAACAAAAAUAUCAAUAAGAACAAUAUUUCUAAAGAGGUUAGUUCAGAUGAAGAAGGUGAUAAUGAUGAUUUAACAGAUUAUAUGUAUGAGGCCAUUCCUGUCAAAACUCCAAUGCCACCUAAUAAAACUGAAAAUGGAUGCUCAAAGUUGGAUAAAAAUACUCAAACAUCUGAGCAUUGUUCAAUUAUGAAUACAAAAAAUAAUUGCAGAUUUAACAAGGAAUCGAAAGAGAAAAGUUUUCCAACAUGCAAUCACCAAAAACUUUGUUCACAUCGUAAUAACAAUCAUAGAUCAUCUAAUAAUUGUAUGUCUAAUAUGCCACAAUUGAAACCGAAAAAUACAGAAUACAUACCAUGUAGAAACAAGUCAAUGAGCGAAUAUCAAGGAAAUCGAGAACAACAUUGCAAUUCAAUGAGAGAAAAUUAUAAUAAAGGCUCACAAUAUCCAGAAAGAAUUGAGGAAUGUGAAAGUUCGUCUCACAUUUUUAAUAACCAUAGCAAUCCAAAAUAUUGCAAUACUCCGAAACAGGGAGAAAAUAACAAACCUGGUUCUUGUCGUUGCGCGCAUUGUCAACAUUUAACAGAUGCCAGUAGGCAGAAUAAAAUUUCUACGGAAUUUAGUUCUGAUGACGAUUAUGAGGAUGAUGAUUCUUCAGAUUACGGAUGUAAUGUUAAACACUUAGCACCUGUUAAAACUAAUGAAUGCCCAACUUCAAAUAGAAAUACACACAAAUGUACGCACAGCAUUAGUGUCAGCAGAGGACACAAUUGCGUGACUAACAAGAGAGUUUCAUCAUGUACACAGGAUACAGAUUGGAAAAAAGAAAACAAUCAAGUAGAUCAAGCAAAAUUGUAUAAUAAAAGUGAUUGCACUAAAGAAAUAGAUUCUGAUAUUUUCGACCCGAAUGCAAAAUUUAAAAUACAAGUUAUAGACGCAUCUGAAACACAAAACUCGCAACCAAAACCACAGACUCUAAAAAAUGCAGGAAACAAUUCUUGUUCGACUAAACAAUCUUCAAAAGAUUGUUCUUGCAAUAGUUCUGAACCAAACGCAAACGGAUCAUCUACAAGAGAUCAAUCUCGAAAUGAUCAGAGUCAAAAAGAAACAUCAAACGCUGAACCCAACCAAACACAAGAUGGCGAAGAAGACGAUGGAGAAACUAAAUAUAAACGUAGUUUUGUAGUGAAACACAAUUCUCUACAAUCCGAACCGAGGAAAAGCGAAACGAAACCGAAGUCCCCACGCCCAAGCUUAUUGAACCGUUUACGUAAUAGCAAGGGAAAUACAAAUUCAGAUGCUGAAGACAACAAAUAG